CCCCUCCUUCCUAGCUAAAUACACCGGCUGGGAUUUGGUUGCUCUCCCUCGGUCAAUUGCAUCACCAAUCAUAUUGUUGUUUCGAGUUGGACCCUGUACUGCGGCUCCCACUCCCCUCCCGAGUCCCUUCGCGACUAUCAUCCAUCGUCGGCCUAUUGCCCGCGCACCAACUGCCUAUAUACCACAGUCAUGGCGCAAAUUCGUGGCACUGCAGGCUAUAACCUUGGCCACCAAAAUCCGUUCGGCGGUCCCGGCAGCGCAGCUGCAACCAACGACCCGAGCCCCUUGGACACCAUCCGUGAACAUACAAGCAAGAUUGAGGAUUGGCUGGACACUAUCUCGGACCCUAUCAAGCCGUAUUUGCCCGCUGUUGGCCGUUUCUUGAUCGUGGUCACUUUCCUCGAGGAUAGCUUGCGUAUCCUUACGCAAUGGAGCGACCAGCUCGUUUAUCUUCGUGAUUACCGCAAAAUCCCCUGGGGUAUCACUCACGCUUUCCUGAUCCUCAACGUUAUAACUAUGACGAUAUGCUCCUUGCUCGUGAUUGGCCGCAAACACGCGGAGUUCGCUGUCGCUGGUCUUCUCGGCGUCGUUGUUGUCCAAGGUCUCGGCUACGGACUUAUUUUCGAUCUCAAUUUCUUUCUCCGUAAUCUGAGUGUUGUUGGUGGUCUGCUCAUGGUUCUCUCCGACUCAUGGGUCCGCAAGAGAUUCGUUCCCGCCGGACUCCCUCAAUUGGAUGAGAAGGACCGUAAGAUGUACGUCCAGUUCGCUGGUCGUGUACUGCUCAUUUUCCUCUUCAUUGGCUUCAUUUUCUCCGGUCAGUGGAGUCUCUGGCGCGUGGUUGUCAGCCUCUUCGGCUUCGUCGCCUGUGUCAUGGUCAUUGUCGGCUUCAAAGCCAAGUUCAGCGCCAUCCUCCUCGUCCUCCUGCUGAGCGUGUUCAAUAUCCUUGUCAACAACUUUUGGACGCUGCACCCUCACCAUCCUCACAAGGACUUUGCCAAGUACGACUUCUUCCAGAUCCUGUCUAUUGUCGGAGGACUGCUCCUCUUAGUGAACAUGGGUCCUGGCCAACUGAGCAUGGACGAGAAGAAGAAGGUCUAUUAAAUAUAUCGAUACCCAGAAUCCCUCAACAGGGCAGACAGACAUUCACAGCAGACGGUAGGGAAGACGCGGCAAGCAGGCGGGGUGAGAACACUUUCCUCAGUAUCAAACCGCAGAUUACCUCCGAUUAUCUGCAGUGCAGGUUCCUCUUCCGCAUUUGCACUAUUCACUACCAUAUGAAAACAGCAAGCCGUACCAUAUCAAAUUUAUACAAAGCACUUCUUUUUACCACUUGGAAAGUUGUUCCCUUAAAAGCAGAACUAUGCCUGAUUGACUGCUUGACUGUUUGAUUACGAAUGAGCCUCUAUCAUACUAGUACUUCUAUUUCUUUUUAUCGU